AUGUCGAGCUUCUUCCCAUUUCCAGCCGCUCCUCUCGCCGUUCUUCUCAUCGUCACGCUCCACGCCUCCACCAUCCAUGCGCAGAUACCUGCCUCGGCAACGACCGGCGCCGCGGUGGCCGCGACAAACCCGCAGCCAGGAGGCAGUGGCGGCGGCGUAGUAGGCGCGGGCGGGCCGGACGCGCCUCUAGAGCUCUACAUGCACGACAUCCUGGGCGGGUCGAGCCCGACGGCGCGGCCCAUCACCGGCUUGCUGGGCAACAUCUACAACGGGCAGGUCCCGUUCGCGCGCCCCAUCGGCUUCAGCGCGCCCAGGAACGGCGUGCCGAUCCCCAACGCCAACGGGCAGGUGCCUACGUACAACGGCAACACCGGCAUCCCGCUGGACACCGGCCUGUCCGGCGCCGGGUUCCUGCAGCCAGGGAACGGCGCCGGAGGCGCGGCGGCGGCACCGGCGCAGGUGCAGCUGGGCCCCGACGGCCUCAGCCUCGGGUUCGGCACCAUCACGGUCAUCGACGACGUGCUGACGGGCGAGCCCGACCUCGGCGCGCAGCCGCUAGGGCGCGCGCAGGGCGUGUACGUGGCCAGCUCCGCCGACGGGUCGUCGCAGAUGAUGGCGUUCACGGCCAUGAUGGAGGGCGGCGAGUACGGCGACACGAUCAACUUCUUCGGGGUGUACAAGGUGGGCACGCCGCUGUGCCGGCUGUCCAUCACCGGUGGCACCGGCAAGUUCAAGGGCGCCUGCGGGUUCGCCGAGGUGCGCUCGCUCAUCGCCUCCGGCCAGCACGUCACCGACGGCGCAGAGACGCUGCUGAGGAUCACCGUCCACCUCGCUUCAGUAGUAACUCAUCUAAAGUAG